AUGGUUGAGUUCAAAGGCCGAGAUGGCAACUUGGUCUUGGCAGACUCUGAUGGCACUCUUGUUUGGUCCACUAAUACUACUGGCAAAUCUGUUUCUGGCUUAAACUUGACAGAAACAGGGAUUCUCGUGCUCUUUGAUACGACCAACCGCACAGUUUGGCAGUCUUUUGAUCAUCCUACAGAUUGUUUGCUCCAUGGGCAGAAUUUGGUUUCUGGUCAGAAGCUCACAGCAAGCGUUUCAGCAGGCAAUUCGAGUCAAGAAAAUCCCGAUAGUCUUUAUUACAGUUUUGAUGGUCAAACCCUUACUGCUUUACAAUACCCUCCUACAUCGAUAGCUCAAUACAUACAGCUUGGGUAUGAUGGACAUUUACGCGUAUAUCAAUUGGACAACCUUGAAAUAAGUUUGUUCGGCCUUAAUUGGAAAGUGGUAGGUGACAUUUUGACACUCAAUGAAUGUGACUACCCAAUGGUGUGUGGGAGAUACAGCAUUUGUGCAAAUGGAGGACAAUGUACUUGCCCAGUUGAAGUCAACUUCUUCCAGCCAUUUUCUGAGAGGAAUCCAGAUCUCGGAUGCACAGAGUUGAUGUCCAUUUCUUGUGACUCUUCACAGUAUCAUAGUCUUGUAGAGCUAAAGAAUACUGCAUAUUUUUCAUUUCGGUUCAAUGAUGAACUAAACUCGAGUGUAUUUUGGCUUAAGGGGAAAAAGAUUGAAGAUUGCCGAAGGGCAUGUCUGAGUAACUGUUCUUGCAAAGCUGUUGUUUAUGAUCCGUAUCUGAAUGUGAGUCUACUACGAGGGAACUGUUUGUUACUGAAUGAAGUCUUCUCUCUGAUGGACGUUGGAGUAGGAACAGUAUUUCUUAAGGUGCAGAAUUCCCCAAAUGCACCGGUCAUUUUCCCUAGACAGAAAACACCUUUCAAGGUUAUCAUAGGAUGUACUUUGAUUGGGAUAAUUUUGAUUCUUUCAGUUUGCUCUGCUCUUUCCAAAAAGAGGUCGGAGAAACGCAAGGCUGGUGGUUUUCUGGAUCUAGAACCAAUCUUACCGGGAAUCCUAACUCGAUUCUCUUACAAUGAGCUGAAAAUAAUUACACAAGAUUUCAGCAUAAAGCUCGGGAAAGGAGGAUUUGGCUCUGUGUAUGAAGGAACACUGAGAAAUGGCACCAAAAUAGCUGUGAAGCAUCUGGAUGGAGUAGGUCAAGUAAAGGAAUCAUUCUUAACAGAAGUAAAGACAGUCGGUGGCAUUCACCAUAUCAAUCUGGUAAAACUCAUUGGAUAUUGUGCCGAAAAAAGCCACAGGCUUCUAAUCUAUGAGUACAUGGUGAAUGGAUCGUUGGAUAGGUGGAUCACACAAGAAAAUGGGCUUACAUGGAACACAAGGCAGAGGAUAAUAUCAGAUAUUGCGAAAGGAUUAGCUUAUCUACAUGAGGAUUGCAGCCAUAAGAUAAUUCAUUUGGACAUUAAACCACAAAACAUCCUUAUAGAUCAAAAUUUCAAUGCUAAGAUAUCUGAUUUUGGUCUGUCGAAGCUAAUUGAGAAAGACAAAAGCAAAGUUGUGACUAGAAUGAGAGGAACGCCGGGAUAUAUAACCCCUGAAUGGUUGAGCUCAAUAAUCACUGAAAAAGUUGAUGUGUAUGCUUUUGGAAUUGUGCUCUUGGAAAUUCUCUGUGGACGAAAGAAUUUGGACUGGUCCCAAACUGAUGAAGAAGAUGUCCAUUUGCUAACUGUUUUUACGAGAAAAGCAGAACAAGAGCAUCUCACAGAUAUGGUUGACAGAAACGAGGAUAUGCAGCUCCACAGAGAAGCAGUGACAGAAAUGAUGAGCCUUGCUGCGUGGUGUCUACAGGGCGAUUUCUCCAAGAGGCCUUCCAUGUCAUUGGUGGUUAAGGCACUCGAAGGUUUGGUGACUGUUGAAACCAACUUAGAUUAUAAUUUCAGAAAUGUACCUAAGGUUGGGGCAGGCAACCAACCGAGGGAAGCCGCUAUCAGCUCAAAAUUGCCAUCAGUUUUAUCGGGACCGAGGUAA